AUGGUGUUAGAAAGGCAAUCGUUAAUUAUAUUUUUAUAAUGAUACCUUUUGUAUGUUUACUUCAAAUACCAGAGUUAGUCUAUAUAACGAUUUUAAACUAUCUAUGUAGGCUACGCCAAUGGAGACAUUUGUACUUACAACACCAUCUGAAGAGACAUUGCCAGUAACUGAAUUUGUUAGUAUGUUCGAAACUUAUCAUGAAUUAGAAUAUGAAGAGGAAUAUAAAGAAGAAGAGAAAGAAGAAGAAGAGAAGGAAUCUGCAAAGCCGGAAUGGUACGAGUACGAAGAGACCACGAAAUUACUUAUUAUAACAUCCACUUCUAUGUCGUGGUAUAUAAUCACAACUGCACCAAUUACAACAAUUACAAGAACAACAUUUACGACAGCAAGUACAACAGAAACAACUAUGAUAACUUCAGAAUUUACCACGAUGUUAAAGCUUACAACUACGAAAUUACCUACCACUAAAAUUAUUCCUACCGAAAGUACAGUCAUUACUACGGAAAGUGUACGGCUCACUACUGAGAGGCCUAUCACCGAGAAUACUACUACUGCGCUUGAGAUCACUACCAGGUUACUUUUACCAGUUACUACAAAGAGUACAGCUACAGAAAUUUUACCAAUUACAACUAAGGGUGUUACUACAGAAACACUUCCAACAGCGACUGAUAGUAUCACCGCAAUUUAUCUAACCACAACAUCAAUAAAAACAACAACUAUACCUAUCACAACACUACAAAUCAUUACAAGAUUACCCACUCCUGAACCUGAAACGACAUUCCAUGUUUUAGUUGAAAUCACAACGCCAUUUACUAAAAUUACAAAUGUUACAACCCCAUAUAUUACUACGGAAAGUACUACAACUAAAUCUACUAUUGUAACGGUAGAGACAACGCCUGUCGUUGUAACAACUGUAAUAACCGCUCCUCCAUCAACUGUUCCUGCAAUUAGAUUGCCUACUACUCAAGUUACAAAUAUUACCACAGAAACACAAUAUACCACAACUGAAAGUAUCACAGUUAAAAUUCCUGUAACAGCAACAACACUACCAACCACCGUAACGGCCGUAAAAACCGAAACCACCUCCUCUAUUACGAUACAGUUUGCGUUUCCUACGAUCGAAGUAAUCAACAUUACUACGAAAACACCAUUCAUCACUACUGAAACACCAUCAAUAACAAUAACAAAACUGAUUCCAAUUCCCGUCACUAUUGAGACAACUAAAACAACAUUUGCUGUGAAAGUAGAAAUUACCUCGCCUGCAGUAGAAGUCACGAAUGUUACCACAGAGGCCGUACCCACUACCACUGAAACACUGAUAGUGAAAACAACUGAAACGAUUCCAGUUCCUAUCACUACAUCGACAACUGAAACAACAUUUAUUGUUGAAGUUGAAAUUACCUCGCCUACAGUCCGAAUCACAAAUGUUUCCACAGAGGCCGUGACCACUACUACUGAAAUACCGGUGGUGAUGACAACUGAAGCAAUUCCAAUUCUUGUUACUACAGAGACAACUGAAACAACAUUUGCUGUUGAAGUUGAAAUUACCUCCCCUAUAGCCGAAGUCACAAAUGUCACCACAGAGACACUGCUCACUACCACUGAAAGAGCUGUGGUGACAACAACUGAAGCGAUUCCAAUUCCUAUUACUACCGUGACAACUGAAACGACACCAAUUCCUAUUACUACCGCGACAACUGAAACGAGUCCAAUUCCUAUUACUACCGCGACAACUGAAACAACAUUUGCUGGUGAAGUUGAAAUUACGUCGCCUACAGUCGAAGUAACAAAUGUCACCACAGAGACCCUGCCCAUUACGACUGAAACACCGCUGCUGACAACAACUGAAGCAAUUCCAAUUCCUAUCACUACAGAGACAACUGAAACAACAUUGGCUGUUGAAGUGGAAAUUACUUCGCCUACAGUCGAAGUCACAAAUGUCACCACAGAGACCGUACCCACUACCACUGAAACACGUGUGGUGACAACAACUGAAACGACUCCCAUUCCUGUUACUACCGCGACAACUGAAACAACAUUUGCUGUUGAAGUUGAAAUUACCUCCCCUAUAGCCGAAGUCACAAAUGUCACCACAGAGACACUGCUCACUACCACUGAAAGAGCUGUGGUGACAACAACUGAAACGAUUCCAAUUCCUCUCACUACAGAGACAACUGAAAUAACAUUUGCUGUCGAAGUUGAAAUUACAUCGCCUACAGUCGAAGUAACAAAUGUCACCACAGAGACCCUGCCCAUUACGACUGAAACACCGCUGCUGACAACAACUGAAGCAAUUCCAAUUCCUAUCACUGCAGAAACAACUGAAACAACAUUGGCUGUUGAAGUGGAAAUUACGUCGCCUACAGUCGAAGUAACAAAUGUCACCACAGAGACCGUACCCACUACCACUGAAACACGUGUGGUGACAACAACUGAAACGACUCCCAUUCCUGUUACUACCGCGACAACUGAAACAACAUUUGCUGUCGAAGUCGAAAUUACAUCGCCUACAGUCGAAGUAACAAAUGUCACCACAGAGGCCGUACCCACUACCACUGAAACACGUGUGGUGACAACAACUGAAACGACUCCCAUUCCUGUUACUACCGCGACAACUGAAACAACAUUUGCUGUUGAAGUGGAAAUUACGUCUCCUACAGUCGAAGUAACAAAUGUCACCAGAGAGACCGUACCCACUACCACUGAAACACGUGUUGUGACAACAACUGAAACGAUUCCCAUUCCUGUUACUACCGCGACAACUGAAACAACAUUUGCUGUUGAAGUUGAAAUUACCUCCCCUAUAGCCGAAGUCACAAAUGUCACCACAGAGACACUGCUCACUACCACUGAAAGAGCUGUGGUGACAACAACUGAAACGAUUCCAGUUCCUGUCACUACGGAGACAACUGAAUCAACUUUUGCUAUCGAAAUUGAAAUUACGUCGCCUACAGUCGAAGUCACAAAUGUUACCACAGAGACCCUGCCCACUACUACUGAAACAGCUGUGGUGACAGCAACUGAAACGAUUCCAAUUCCUGUCACUACGGAGACAACUGAAUCAACUUUUGCUGUCGAAAUUGAAAUUACAUCGCCUACAGUCGAAGUUACAAAUGUCACCACAGAGACCCCGCCCGUUAUCACUGAAACACCGAUGUUGACGACAACAGAAGCAAUUCCAAUUCCUGUCACUACGGAGACAACUGAAUCAACUUUUGCUGUCGAAAUUGAAAUUACAUCGCCUACAGUCGAAGUUACAAAUGUCACCACAGAGACCCCGCCCGUUACCACUGAAUCGCCGAUACUGACGACAACUGAAACGAUUCCAAUUUCUAUCACUACGGAGACAACUGAAACAUUUGCUGUUGAAGUUGAAACUACCUCCCCUAUAGUCGAAGUCACAAAUGUCACCACAGAGACCCCGCCCGUUACCACUGAAACGCCGAUGCUGACGACAACUGAAACGAUUCCAAUUCCUGUCAGUACCGAGACAAUUGAAACAACAUUUGCUGUUAAAGUUGAAAUUACCUCCCCUAUAGUCGAAGUCACAAAUGUUACCACAGAGACCCUGCCCACUACCACUGAAACAGCUGUGGUGACAACAACUGAAAUGAUUCCAAUUCCUGUUACUACGGAGACAACUGAAUCAACUUUUGCUGUCGAAGUUGAAAUUACAUCGCCUACAGUCGAAGUUACAAAUGUCACCACAGAGACCCCGCCCGUUAUCACUGAAACACCGAUGUUGACGACAACAGAAGCAAUUCCAAUUCUUGUUACUACAGAGACAACUGAAACAACAUUUGCUGUUGAAGUUGAAAUUACGUCGCUUACAGUCGAAGUCACAAAUGUUACCACAGAGACCCUGCCCACUACUACUGAAACAGCUGUGGUGACAGCAACUGAAACGAUUCCAAUUCCUGUCACUACGGAGACAACUGAAUCAACUUUUGCUGUCGAAAUUGAAAUUACAUCGCCUACAGUCGAAGUUACAAAUGUCACCACAGAGACCCCGCCCGUUAUCACUGAAACACCAAUGUUGACGACAACAGAAGCAAUUCCAAUUCCUGUUACUACGGAGACAACUGAAUCAACUUUUGCUAUCGAAAUUGAAAUUACAUCGCCUACAGUCGAAGUUACAAAUGUCACCACAGAAACCCCGCCCGUUACCACUGAAUCGCCGAUACUGACGACAACUGAAACGAUUCCAAUUUCUAUCACUACGGAGACAACUGAAACAUUUGCUGUUGAAGUUGAAACUACCUCCCCUAUAGUCGAAGUCACAAAUGUCACCACAGAGACCCCGCCCGUUACCACUGAAACGCCGAUGCUGACGACAACUGAAACGAUUCCAAUUCCUGUCAGUACCGAGACAAUUGAAACAACAUUUGCUGUUGAAGUUGAAAUUACCUCCCCUAUAGUCGAAGUCACAAAUGUUACCACAGAGACCCUGCCCACUACCACUGAAACAGCUGUGGUGACAACAACUGAAAUGAUUCCAAUUCCUGUUACUACGGAGACAACUGAAUCAACUUUUGCUGUCGAAGUUGAAAUUACAUCGCCUACAGUCGAAGUUACAAAUGUCACCACAGAGACCCCGCCCGUUACCACUGAAACGCCGAUGCUGACGACAUCUGAAACGAUUCCAAUUCCUGUCAGUACCGAGACAACUGAAACAACAUUUGCUGUUGAAGUUGAAAUUACCUCCCCUAUAGUCGAAGUCACAAAUGUUACCACAGAGACCCUGCCCACUACCACUGAAACACUUGUGGUGACAACAACUGAAAUGAUUCCAAUUCCUGUUACUACGGAGACAACUGAAUCAACUUUUGCUGUCGAAGUUGAAAUUACAUCGCCUACAGUCGAAGUUACAAAUGUCACCACAGAGACCCCGCCCGUUAUCACUGAAACACCGAUGUUGACGACAACAGAAGCAAUUCCAAUUCUUGUUACUACAGAGACAACUGAAACAACAUUUGCUGUUGAAGUUGAAGUUACAUCGCCUACAGUCGAAGUCACAAAUGUCACCACAGAGACCCCGCCCGUUACCACUGAAUCGCCGAUACUGACGACAACUGAAACAAUUCUAAUUCCUGUCACUACGGAGACAACUGAAUCAACUUUUGCUGUUGAAGUUGAAAUAACGUCGCCUACAGUCGAAGUAACAAAUGUCACCACAAAGACCCUGCCCACUACCACUGAAACACUUGUGGUGACAACAAUUGAAGCGAUUCCAAUUCUUGUCACUACCGAGAGAACUAUUGCAGUAAAAUAUCCUGUUACAACCGAAGUACCCACACUUGUAGAAUUAACAGAGACCUUAUCACCGAUAACGGGUCAUUGGGAAGUUAAUAUCACUAGCCCUUAUGUAAAUGAAACAAUCGUAAUUUUGACAACUGAGUUGGCCGUAGUAACAGCUGAAACGACUGAAUUUACUACAACAACAAUCGUGUCCCCUAUCAUUACAACGACAGAAGAAGAAAUAUAUGAAGUAUAUGAAGAAACAGUUCCUAAAGAAGAAUACAAAGAAGAGGAGGAAGAUCCGCCUUGGUACGACUAUGUAGAAGAAAAUAUAACAACGACGACUCCAAAAAUUGAAACACCUACGAAAGAAAUUAUACGAAUAGAAGUUACAAUUAUCAAAGAUGAACUAAAUAUUACAACUCCCUUUGUGACUAUACCUGAAAUAGUAUCUACUACUUUAACUCCAUUAUUUAUUGAGGAAACAACAUUGAAAAGUCCAGCUAUUGAAACAACGACAGAAAAAUCCAUUGAGAUAGAAAUAACUGAAAAGUCUAAUAUCACUACUUUGAAGUAUACGCUGCCUCCAACUUUGAAAUUCACUACGGAAUACUUACCAAUCGAUUAUUUGGAAGAAAAUAUUACAAGACCGGCAAAAGUUACAACACUCUUACCCAUAACUUCUACAACGAUAUCGAAUAUUACUAAAGAAAAAGUUAGCAAGCUACCUAUUUCUCCUGAAUUUACAACACCUAUAGUGACACGCACGACGAAUCAGGAACAAAAGAAAGAACGUCAAGAGGAGAAGAAAGAAGAGUUAAUAAAAGAACUGAAAGAAUUAGAACAAACUGCGGAAAUAAUUAUAGAUAGAGAGAAGGAGCUGGAUAGAGCAGAGAAAGAAUGGGAAAUGGAUAAGGCAAGACGAAUGCACGAAAUCUUCCAGAAGGAAAAAGAAAUGAAAACCGCUUAUGAAACCAAGUCUUCCUUAAAAACAGGAACUGAACGUGUCACUGGAGAACCUCCAGUUUUACCCAAAGCAACGCCUUCGGUUAAUGUUACGGUCCCCCAAACUGAUGCUGUUCCAAUGAAACCAGAAAUGACAAUACAUCCUGCAAUGACGACAAAAGAUGAACUCGAGGCAGAAGUUGAAGACUUGGAGAAGAAAUAUUCUGAAAAAGAGAAAUGGCUGGAGAUGCGAGAGAAGGAAUUAUUAGAAAGAGAAAAGAAGUUUCAGAAGGAGAAAGAAGAAUUCGAGAAGAAACUAAAGGAAAUGGAGGAGAAAUUAGCGAGAGGGGAAGAAAUUUCAUUGACCACGGAGCCCUAUUAUGAAGAACCAAUGCGUACGACGCCAUCUUUCUCGCAGGUACCACCUACAGAGAAAACGACAAUUGAAAUUCGGGAAACAACAGUAGCAGAAGCUAUAAAGGAGACUAGUGUGAGAAAAAUCGUGACACAGUCUGAUGAGGAGGAAGAGGAAGAAGAAGAACACGAAGAACGGGUGAAAGUAAAAGAUACAACGAAGAUAUGUUUGAAUGUUUUAAAGUCAAAACCUUUGGAAGAACAAGCUGAAGGUUUAGUGACGGGAAAACUUUGCUUACCGUUCAGUUCAGAUAAAUUGGCGUCCAAAGAGCAGAAAACAAAGAUCAGUGGACUGCACCUUAAAGAACACGAAUGGACUGAAAGUGCAUUUACGAAGGGACAUGAAGAAUCGCGGACAGAAUUCGAGAAGGAGGAGAAUCGAUUUAAACGAAACAUUCCUCAGAGUGAGAACGUUUGUCCUGAAUUUCAGAUUAAUCAAUUUACUAAUGGAAAUGAAGAUAUAAAGACGCAGAUUGAGCAGCCAUUUUCCAAAUAUGGAAAUCAUAGCUUUCGGCUUACGAAUAUUUUCAUGAUCACCGAAGCGUCAAAGACUACUGAGAAGAGUUAUUGGAAAAUUAGUAGUACCAGAUAUAAGGUUAGAUCUAUGUUGCAAAUUAUUGAAGUUGAAGAUGAAGAGAAUGAGGAGGACGAUGAAAUAAUUGUGAAAAGAGAUGAAACAGGUGUUGAAAAUUGUUAUUACGAGGAUCAAGUCGAAAGAAAUCCGAGACAAGACGAAAGCACUUUCCCAGGUACAACGGAAAGUACAGAUGAUGAAAUCGAAGAGGAGGCCGUAAAAUCCGAGAUUGAAUCGAGCGAAGAUAAUUCGUUCAAGAAUGAUGCAGAUAGAAAAACAGAAUCUGUUCCGGAGAAGGAAACGUAUAGUAACGAAGAUGAAGUGGAGGAAGUAACUGAAAGCCAACGUAUUAAGGAAAAACCAAGCGAAAGAAAGUACAAAGAUAAAGAUAAAGAAACAGACGGUAAAGGUAAAGAAAAAUCGAGACAGACACCUGGUCCGGAAUGGCCAACGGAAGCUUUAACCGCUUAUCACGUAGGUGGUACUAGAAUCUGGAUGCUAGAGUAUCCAGAACGCGAAUUUUCGGAAUUGAAGGAAGGCGAGCAAGAUGUGAAAAACGUCGGAGAACGACCACUCGAGGCAACGACUUGCUACUAUGUUAUUCUUGAGGACGAGGAGGGCAGUCUCGAAAAUCCCGAGAAAGAUUACGAUAAAGAAAAUAGCUUUGAAUCAUCCUUGAAAGAAUAUAUUCCAAAUGCAAACGACCCACAGCCCAGGUACAGAUAAAUCCUGACGCAAAAAAUCAGCUAAGAAAGAUACAUAAAUAUCACGAUAAAAAUUCUACUGUUAUGAAAAAAGUGAAGAAUUAUCAUUUUUUAACUAUAAUACUUCAUUCUCGAUAAAAUACAUACAGUGACUCACAAAAAUAUUUGAUUAGCAACAUAAUAUGUUGAGAGCAAGUUUCUAUAAGUGUUUAGAUACUUUCAUGUGCCACUGUACAUAGUAUGUAUUUUUCAGAAGCACCAAAAAGGAAUAACGAAAAAGCAUAAAUCAGUAAAAUAGCAGUAAGAUGUAGCACGUAAUGCUAACAAGUUGUAAAAUUUGUAUAUAUGUAUAUAUAUGUAAAAGAGUAUAUUAAUAAAUUUAAUUAGAAAUUCAUUUUAA